AGGAGGAGGAGGAGGAGGAGAGGGAGCCAGAGAGAGGGAGAGAGGAGCUGUUCUAUCAGCCUGAAUCGUGAGGAGCGACGAUGGGGAGAAAAUUCUGUCUCCUUUCCUCCAACAUCCCUUCAUUAAGAUGUAGAGCGAUGCGCGUCCAGAAAAUCACAGCAGAUCUUAGAGAAGAAAAGAUAUUUUGGAUUUACGGACUAAUGGGAGCUUUUCCUUUCCUUUCCACGCGUGUGAAUCUGAGCUGAGUUUUUCCCUCUGGAGUGAGAAGCGGAGCAGCUUGAUUCCCAAACGCUGGAGCGGAUUUUCUUUCCUCUGGAGCUUUUUGGGAGGACCUUAUCCUAACGGGACGGAACGCAAAGAGGAAUAUAGUGGGAGGCAAGAAGAGGCGCAGCGGAUCUUCUCUGACGAGGAAAGGCUUCACUCCACUUAAUCAAACCUUAAACCACGGCUGCAUCGCUCCUCGCUCUUCUGCAGCUCAGGAUGACGGACACCCCUCAGUGAACGGCGGCUCCGCCCCCUGAGAAUUGAUGUUUGAAAAUAAGAGUGUUCAUCUUUGCUUGAAAGGAUGCUGACAGGACCUUUUUGUGGAGUGUUUUCCAUCUACUGAGGAUUAUUUUCCAGACGUGGAAGGAGAAAAUGAAUGGCUGCUAUCUUUACUCUGGAUGGUUGGAGCUUCCUGGGUUUAAAAAAAACGGCUGUUAGCAAAGCAACCGUCAUCUUCUCAAGUGUUGCUGCUUUUCUUGGUCUGUUUUCUUUGCGUAUCCAUGACAUAAGUGAGAGACAGAAUAAACAAAUCUGUUUAUUUAUUACAAAGUGAAAUAGAGCUGAGGCCAUCAUGUCUUGGUGGAUGCAGCGAUCAGAAACUUGGAGUGCUCUCUAUCAGACUGCCAGGAGCAGAGGCAGAAGGAUGGAACACGGACCUCUCAGGAGUUCCCUGGGCUGUUGGGUUUUCACGCUAACAUGCUUCGGACUCCUGCUUCUUCUAUGUCCGCUUGCUGUGUUGGCUGAGAAACUGGAUGAGAACGACCCUGUGGUCACAACCGCCUAUGGCAGGCUGCGCGGCAUCAAGAAGGAGCUCAACAACGAGAUCCUCGGACCCGUCUUACAGUUUCUGGGCGUCCCUUAUGCCACCCCUCCCACCGGCGAGCGCCGCUUUCAGCCUCCAGAGCCGCCAGCGUCAUGGUCGGACGUUCGCAAUGCCACACACUUUGCCCCCGUGUGCCCCCAGAGCAUUGUGGAAGGCCGCCUCCCGGAUGUUAUGCUGCCUGUUUGGUUCACUAACAGUAUAGAUGUGGUUUCCACUUACGUUCAGGACCAGAGCGAGGACUGCCUUUAUCUCAACAUCUACGUCCCCACAGAGGAUGUCAAAAGAAUAUCCAAGGAAUGUGCCAGGAAACCGGGCAAGAAAAUAUGUAAACAAGGAGGUCCCCUUACAAAGAAACACACUGAUGAUUUAAGUGAUAGUGACCGCACGGACGAUGAAGAUAUUAGGGAGAGCGGGAGCCCCAAGCCGGUGAUGGUUUUUAUCCAUGGAGGUUCUUACAUGGAAGGAACUGGGAAUAUGUUUGACGGCAGCAUCCUGGCCAGCUAUGGAAACGUCAUCGUCAUAACCGUCAACUACCGCCUGGGCGUCCUCGGUAAGCAGCUCUGA